AUGUCUCAACUAGCGAACGGGAAAGCCUCGCCAUCGUCAGGCGCGCCGAAGGACGCGGCCGAUCAGAACUUCGACUACAUGUUCAAACUACUCAUCAUCGGCAACAGCAGCGUCGGCAAGACGUCUUUCCUCUUCCGCUACUGCGACAAUUCCUUCACGUCUGCGUUCGUCAGCACCGUCGGCAUCGACUUCAAAGUGAAGACAGUCUUCAGGAAUGACAAGAGGGUCAAACUGCAGAUCUGGGAUACAGCAGGCCAGGAAAGAUACAGGACGAUAACGACGGCCUACUACAGAGGCUCCAUGGGUUUUAUACUCAUGUAUGACGUCACCAAUGAAGAGUCAUUCAAUGCCGUUCAGGAUUGGAGCACGCAGAUCCGAACGUACUCAUGGGACAACGCUCAGGUGGUCCUGGUAGGCAACAAGAGUGACCUUGAAGAGCAGAGGGUCAUCUCGAAGGACGCGGGACAGCAACUAGCCAAUCAGAUGGGUUUGGAGUUUUACGAGACAUCGGCGAAGGACAACGUGAACGUGAAGGAAGUGUUUGACCACCUGGUGGACAUCAUCUGCGAAAAAAUGUCCGAGACUCUGAGCGCUGACCCUAUCUCCCUGGCACCCCCUGGUCAGUCUGUCCAACUUUCGGAGGUCCCUGAGGAACCCCCAGCCACCUCCAAGUGUAAAUGCUAA